AUGUCAUAUGUUGCGCAGGAGGAGAGCUCGGCAGCUAGUUCGGCUGAUGCUGCUACAACACUCGCAGUUGGAGGAUUGCAGGGACAGCUACAGACAGCUCUCAAUGCUCUCCAACAACUACGCCGCACACUCUGUGGACCAAGUAGGGGUGCUGAAAAGCUUGGCAAG